ACAGUCUGGUCCGCGCCGGGCAGCGGGCGCAGCAGCGGGCAGGGCUGCCGGCAGGCACGGAGGCAGAGCCCCGCCGCGCGCCCCGGCCCGCGCCCGGCGCCGCACCCCAGGCCGCCCGUGGGGUGCCCACCUGCCGCCCCGACGGGAGGCCCCCCGCGGCCCCAGCCGCUGCCCAGGGUCGGGCGCCCGCGGCGGCACCAUGAGUCCCCGCUCCUGCCUGCGUUCGCUGCGCCUCCUCGUCUUCGCCGUCUUCUCGGCCGCCGCGAGCAACUGGCUGUACCUGGCCAAGCUGUCCUCGGUGGGGAGCAUCUCGGAGGAGGAGACGUGCGAGAAGCUCAAGGGCCUGAUCCAGAGGCAGGUGCAGAUGUGCAAGCGGAACCUGGAGGUGAUGGACUCGGUGCGCCGCGGCGCCCAGCUCGCCAUCGAGGAGUGCCAGUACCAGUUCCGGAACCGGCGCUGGAACUGCUCCACGCUCGACUCCCUGCCCGUCUUCGGCAAGGUGGUGACGCAAGGGACUCGGGAGGCGGCCUUCGUGUACGCCAUCUCUUCAGCAGGUGUGGCCUUCGCGGUGACGCGGGCGUGCAGCAGUGGGGAGCUGGAAAAGUGCGGCUGUGACCGGACAGUACACGGGGUCAGCCCCCAGGGCUUCCAGUGGUCAGGAUGCUCAGACAACAUCGCCUAUGGCGUGGCCUUCUCACAGUCAUUCGUGGACGUGCGGGAGAGGAGCAAGGGGGCCUCGUCCAGCCGGGCGCUCAUGAACCUCCACAACAAUGAGGCCGGCAGGAAGGCCAUCCUGACGCACAUGCGGGUGGAGUGCAAGUGCCACGGGGUGUCGGGCUCCUGCGAGGUGAAGACCUGCUGGCGAGCCGUGCCGCCCUUCCGCCAGGUGGGCCACGCACUGAAGGAGAAGUUUGACGGCGCCACCGAGGUGGAGCCGCGCCGUGUGGGCUCCUCCAGGGCGCUGGUGCCGCGCAACGCGCAGUUCAAGCCGCACACCGACGAGGACCUGGUGUACCUGGAGCCCAGCCCGGACUUCUGCGAGCAGGACAUGCGCAGCGGCGUGCUGGGCACGCGGGGCCGCACGUGCAACAAGACCUCCAAGGCCAUCGACGGCUGCGAGCUGCUGUGCUGUGGCCGCGGCUUCCACACGGCACAGGUGGAGCUGGCCGAGCGCUGCAGCUGCAAGUUCCACUGGUGCUGCUUCGUCAAGUGCCGGCAGUGCCAGCGGCUGGUGGAGCUGCACACGUGCCGGUGACUGCCGCCCGCCCGCGCCCAGCACCGCCUCGCGGCCCGGGGAAGGCCCAUAAUUUAAACAGUCCCCCACCACCCGCCCCAAAAGAUACUGGUUAUAUUUUU